AACUCGUUGAACUUGGCGCACCACGUGUGAUGGCCUUUCGUUGAAUCACUUCUUGAUCCGACUCCAGAGAGAAUCCGACCGCCGCCGCCUCCGACGGUGCACUCUGAAUUCGCAUGGCUUCGUUCUUCAAAGCAUGGUCUCGGACAAACAGCACCCCGCUCGUUAGACCGCCGUUCAACGCGCGACGUACGUGGCGACGGGUGUUUUUCGUCCUCAAGAUGGUACGGGUGCUCCAGCAGGUAGGCAAGCGGGCCGCGUCGCGCCGCGCUUUUCUUGAAAAGCAACACCAAGCCAUGUACGGCAGCGGCCACCAGCCCCGCUGCGCCACGCCUGGGUGUUCUUCGGAUUGGUAUUAUGUGCAGAAAAAUGGUCACUGUACAGCGUGCAAUGCGAACCGGCCGCGUCAUGGAGUCAUGGACUCGAGUGUGAUGGACACCAUUCGCAAGGCGUGGUCGCGCCUCACUUUCCGCAAGCCCAAGGACUCUGGACUGAGUGAUGAAGAAUACGCGAUGAUGCUCGGCGUAGAGUGGAACACUCAACAACAGCAGCACUUCCCCAACACAUUGAAGCUCAUUUACAACCUCGGCCAGUUCCCGCCGCAUGUCAACCAAAACGCCAAUCUCAACGCAGACAUGGUAGACGAACUCGUCAAGCACAGUUCCGAGUGUGCCACUUCCGAGCAGGGGCAGGUGUGCCACGUCGGCGGAUGUGCGGAAAUGCGCCGAAUCUUCCUUCACACAUCCAUCCAUCCCAAUGCCGAACCCAACUGCACCGACUGCCUCAAGACGUACCGUAUCCUGCUCAGUCACGCAGAGCGCUGCCGAGUAAUGUGCCGCGUUCCCCGGUGCAGCGGCGUCAAGACCCACCUCGAAUGUCGCGCCGCUGCCUCAAGCCCAAACGCCCCUGCACCGCAGAUGUGCUGGGUGCGCACCCCCCAAAUGUCGUGGUGGCCUGCCAUCGCUUACCCUUUGCAUUACCCUUUGCCGCAGUUGCCGCUCUACGUCGUGGAUCAAUACCAAGACGGGUACCAGAUUGUGUGCUGUCUGGGGGAUCGCCAGUUUGCGUGCCUUCCCCAAAACCAGAUCCUACCAUGGACGCAACCCGCACUUCAAUCGAGCACGGAACCUACAUGCAACCACUUGGCGUGCGAAGAUCUCCGCGGGUGCGUCGGAUAUGCCGCCACAUGCGUAUUUGCGUCGUUGGAACAGCACAAGAUGGCGAUGACCCACCAUCACACGAUGUCGUCGGUUCUUCAACAACAUCCGCAGCAGCUACCUCGAACUCGGUUGCCGUCUCUGCCGUCGUUGUUGGCUCGGCAACCACAAACGACCUCUGUCGCGAACGAAUUUGACGGCGGUUUCCUCAGUCCCGAGGUACACAUGAAGAAGCGGAAGCUGAUCCAGGCUGUGCCACCGCAGCUCCGGUCGUAGGAGCGCUUCGUUUGCUUCGAGUCAAUGCCGUCAUGUCCUGAGUUUGUAUGUCUUGUAGCAUUAUUUAGACUAAUUUCAGUAGAACCAUCAAAGAUUCACUCUACGUGGCCGCUGUU